GUCUUUGCCCUGUGGAUAUGCCACUCAUCUUACAGACAGUUCGUGGGUUUUAAUCUUGAGUGGAGUGAUGACUGAAAGAGAAGAACACUCAGAAAUGAUAGUUCGUUGGCAAAGGAGCUGAAGACCACCGUGAGAAAAUCGAGAAAGCUACUUUUAGCUUUAAAGAAACGAAGUGCCCAGGAGAAAGACUGAAAAUGAACCCGGUUCAGAAAGACAUGGAGCUGUUGAGUAACAGCAUGGCUACUUACGCUCAUAUCAAAGCAAACACGGAGAGCUUUGCGCUGUACUUCAUGUUUGGUGUAUGUUCUGGUCUUCUGCUGGCCCUGGUUCUUCUCAUACUGGGCAUCACCUGCAGGCCACGUUCAAAGACAAAGACCCCCUCCUCACUCGACCAAAGACGCCUUAAAGAAUCCAACGAGGAGGAGGAAGAAAAGGAAGACAGUGAAGUAGACGAUGAGGACUUAGAGGUCCCGACGGUCACAGUGAGGCCCACGAGCGACCAGAACCAGCUGAACGGGACUAUUAAAAGCAUCAACGUCUUCACUUCUGCAGAGGAGCUGGAGAGAGCCAGGAGACUGGAGGAGAGAGAGAGAAUCGUGAGGGAGAUCUGGAGGAACGGACAGCCUGAUGUUCUGUUCACUGGAACGGGCACGCUCGGUCGAGUACACUACCUUUAGUGCAUACUUUUUCUCCUGAAAUACCGCUGAAGAUUUGUUGAGUAAAUUCCAAUUUAAAUGUUCAUUUGAAGGAUUGAGUUUUGCAUUUGUGGUUGUCUCGCUUGUUUUCUGAAUUUUAAAGUGCAUUUUAGGAUCCGUUUAUUUCCAUUUUUGAAGUGCUUUUGUAUACUUUGCUUUUAUACAGCAUUUUUAAUCCAGAUAUCUGCACAGAAAACUUAGUGAUUUUUCACCCCAAAAUAAAAAAUGUCAUUUAUUUUAAAUGUGAUAAAGGCUUCUUAUCU